UCAAUACUAUUUUUUUUUCAGAUGUAAAAAUAAAUAUUGUGCAAUUUGUAUAAGCAGUAACUUUGGCAAUUAGCAGUAUUACUUAAUACUUAUUAUAAUAUUCAUUAUUCAAGUAUUCAACAAGUCCUAUUGCAAUUAUUUCAUAAAAUUAUAUAACUCAUAACGCGUCUCAACAUUUUACCAAGUGCUAAUAAUCGUCUGAAAUAUUAAUGUCAUAAAUCACAAAUCAUUAACUAUUAAUCUAUUUAAUAUGGCAUCAAACGAAGCAAGAAAAAAAGUACUUUCUACUUUCAAAUUAGUGCAUAAAGCUAGAUUAUUGUGUUUUAAAAAUGAUAACCAAAUGUUAAAUGCUGCCAAACAUCAAAUUAAUGAAGAAUUCAAAAAAAAUAAAACCGUUUCGGAUCCUGCAGUAGUUCAGAAUCUCAUAACCUUGGCUCAAGAUGUUGAACAUGAACUAUUAACACAAGUUGUUCAAGCAGAAAGAGUAAAUGAAAAAAAAUUUAAAUUAAAUUUAGAUCCAGAACGUCAUACUUUGGAGAAUAUACCAUACACUGAAUUAGAUGAUGAAGCAUAUAAAAAAUGGAAAGAAGAAAAAAAGAAAAGUAGAAAGAAAAAUGAAAAGUGUUGUUGCGACUAGAUUGUAAUU